AUGGCACGCGAGCUUACGAUCCGCCUGAGCGAGUUUAUGAUCGUGGCCCGCGAGUUUACAAUCAGCCGGAGCGAGUUCAUGACCAGGGCCUGCGAGUUUACAAUCAGCGAGUUUAUGAUCGUGGCCCGCGAGUUUACAAUUGGCCCGAGCGAGUUUAUGAUCGCGGCCCGCGAGUUUACAAUUAGCCCGAGCGAGUUUAUGAUCGUAGCACACGAGUUUAUGAUCACUGCACCCGAGAUUUCGAUCAGUCUGAGCGAGAUCAAAAUCAUGACACACGAGUUUAGAGUCCGUCAGAGCGAGUUUAAGAUCAUGCCGCGCGAGUUUAGGAUCGGUCAGAAUGAGACCAAAAUCAUGGUGCGCGAGUUUAUGCUCGGCUUGAGCGAGUUUGAAACCAUGGGACGCGAGUUUACGACCAAUCUUGGCGAGUUUAACAUCCUGGUGUGCAAGUUCAAAGUCAGGGUGCACGAGACGAAGGCUUAA